CCGCAUGCGGGGAACUGGUGCUGGCUAGAGGCGGCGGCUCCUCACCAGGGCAACGCGGUGGGGCCGGGGGCGAGAGAAGCUCGGCGGUGCCUCGGCAAGAGGCAGGGAGCAGCGCCCCGCGGGGGCAGCAGGGUCGGCGCCCCUCACUGCUCCCAGUCCGGCUUGCAGCACGUUGUUAACUUCAGUCCCCAUCGCUCAGCCCCAUUGACCCCCUCGGAGAAGCCCCAGGAUUGUGGGGCAGAGAUUUCCCUUUGCCCACUGAGUUGCCGGAGAAGGAUGCGGGGGUGAAGCUCCUGCCUUCCUGGAGCCCAUCAUUCAAGGUCCGACAGGUGCUAUUCCUUAGGUGGUUGGUCUAGUCAAUUAGCCUCGUUGCUGUUGUUACGGGCACUAACUGCGGAGGUUACAGCUAAUAAAUAUAUAGACUAAUUGGUUAAAUUAAUUGUUUUGUGACUCGAACGUAUUUUGCCUCUGAGCUGCCUGAUACCUUUGGAAUGCAUUGAUUUAUUUUUGCUUCUGCCUCUGCCUUAUUCUGGAACGCUGUUCUCCAGUUAAGUAUCACGGCUGUUCGCAUCACAUAGCACUUCCUCAUCCGAGGAUCUCAAAUUGCUUCAUAAAGCUGGAAUCAGAGAAAUUCCAAGUGAAAGAUGUCAGAAAGUCGCUCAGUGCUGUCUAUUCUUAAAAGAGGCAGGUUGACUUCUCCCAGCAACAAUGUGAAAUACUCCAGCUUUAAAGACUCUUGUUCCACCUCCAUAUUUCAUGAUAGUGGAUUUAAUGUAUCAUUAAAAGACCCUAGCUUUGAUCAUACUGAAGCAGAACAUAAAGAUGAACUGAGCGCGAGACCUCUAUCAUUACUACAUGAGUAUUCUGAACAUUCACACCCUAAUUUAGUAAUUCCAGUGUUGUCUCCCAUCGAAAAUGGAAAGAAUUCUAUCUCCUUAUCUGAAAGAAGAGAGGCAAAUGUAGCUACAGAUUUUUUUGAAACUCCGAAAGUAAGUAAAAAAGACUCAUCACUGCGUAGGAGACUGCUUCUGUCUAAAACUGCUUUGGGAGGCAUUGUAGGAUGCUUUGAAAGACAAGCCAAUUCGUCGGAUUGCAGUAGGAAAAAAACAUUAUCUCAUGUUCUCAGCUUUGACGAAAGACUUUCAAAAAGUUCUUCGUAUUCUCCAAGAGAUAACACUUACAAACCUCUAGCUACUAGCACUUUAAAAACUGAGGAGUUUAGUCCUGCUUGCCAAAAAUUGAGACUUGCCUUUUCACAGCAAAGGACUUCUACAGUAGAUGAUUCCAAAUGUAAAAACGACUUGUUGUCAGAACCUGAAUGUUUAUCUCCAAUUCACCUUAAUACUUCUAAGGACACUAUUAUUGACAAGACUCCUAAUGAGUUCAGUGAUAGUGCCCUUACAAGCAUUAAUGAUGAAAGCACCUACCUGGAAUUGCUUAGAACCCCUACAUGUUGUAUGUUGUCUGAGACGAAUGAGGAUAAAUUUCUGACUCCAGUCAGCAACCUAAUAGCAGAUUUUAACUUUGAUUUACUUGACACAAAUACUCCCCCUACUCAUGUGGUAAGUGACUUGGACUUUUCAGUGCCUGAAGACAGUGGGUUUAAUUCCCUUGGCUUAGAUAAAUCAGAAGAUUCCUCUUCAGAUCAUGAGGGAUCUUUCCAAGAACUCCUUCAAAAACAAAAGGAAGUUUCCAAACUUCUGGAUGCUAAAAGAAAGUUAAGAAAACUCGACCGAGUGAGGAGGUUAUCCACCCUUCGGGAACGGGGUUCACAGUCAGAGACAGAGGAAGACUAUGAUAUUACACUAAUUAAUUCAGAAUAUAAAUUAAAAGUAGCAAGAGACCCUGCCAGUGAAGACAGUGGAUUGGUUUUUAAUGAGGAGAAUAGUGCAGAUUUGAUUCUAAAUCUUGGGGAUUUAUCAAGAACGCCUGCUUUACAAGUAGUCCAUGAAAUCUUCAUGCGAAGCAAAAGAAAAAGACCAGAGCAAAAUGGACUCUUGGAGAACUCUGAAAGAGCUGAAAUGUCUGUAUUAGAAUAUAUUCUUGCUGGACUCAUAGGCAAAAAAAUGGGCCUUGAAAAAUUAGAUAUUUUAACAGAAUUAAAAUACAGAGAUUUAAAGCAUAUUCUUGCUAUAGUUUUAGGUGCUUUGACUGUGGAAAGCCUAUGCAGUAUUUGGAAAGUAAGCAAGAACUGGCGUGAAAUUGUUAUACAAGACAAAAAUGCAUAUCUCAGGAGAAAGCUGUACAUAAAACAGCUGAAGGCGGAAGCUGGGGGAUGUCUCUUGCAUGUUGAAGAUGCCGCCACAAGACUUAAUAUGCUACGUAGAUCUGCUCUAAGACCUGUUCAAGCUCAAGCUAAAAUUGCUGUGUUACAAACACCACCUUCUUGCAAUGAGCUUUUAACACCUACAGGAUGCAGUUCUGUUCCCCAGUCAACUAGUAAACAGGAAGAGUACCUUAAGAUUGCCAAAACCCUUUUUAUUGAUGAAGCUUUAAAACCUUGUCCAAGAUGUCAGUGCCCAGCUAAGUAUCAGCCCUUAAAGAAAAGGGGACUAUGUAGCCGAGAAGCCUGUGCAUUUGACUUUUGUAUUUUGUGUUUGUGCACCUUCCACGGGUCAAAAGAAUGCAGUAGUUCAUCUGCAAAGCAGCGAAAUAAAAAAGAUGCUCUUCCAGGAAGUGCCCAAAGCAAGAGAAAUUUAAAACGACUCUAAAUUUAUAAGGAACAUAGGUUUCCCUACUCUCUCUCAAUUUUUGAUCUUGUCUAUAUUUUUUAUUAAUUAUGCAUAUUUUGAAAGUAAUAUUGUCAUUUUGCCCAAUAAUUAAGCUGAUGAUUUCUCAUGUACAUAUCUUAAAUUAACUUAGUGCAUUUUGGUAAGUUUUUGAAAAAAGUGAAAAAAAUUUUAAACUUUUAAUGUCUUGUUUUACCCGUCAUGUAGCCAGACACUUCCAACAUCUUAAUUUUUCAAUAAAGUACUUUCAAUAUAGUCUUCAAUAUCUAUUUUACAUCACUUGAAAAUUUAAAGUUGUGAUUCUUGUCUCAAUUGCAAAUUAAAGAGAGUUUUUAUGAUUCAAUCUUUUCUAUAGGUUUUGUUAUGAGACAUUUUUAAAACUACAGUUUUUAAAAACAUGCUGUGAUAAAGCAUUAGAUAAGCACCGACUCAGAGGA